GUUUUGCUGGCAGCAAUGGGCCAGAAUGCCUGCAAGCAAGGUCUCUGCCAGGUCUGGGAGAAUGGCUCUGGCGCCCCCAAAAAUAGUGCAAUCGUGUUCAUCAAGCCACAUGCCGUCAAUACAGCUGUGCAAGAUUUGGUGCAGACAACCCUGAAGAAACGUGGUUUGAGAAUCCUGAGCAGUGGUCGCAUAGAUGCUGAAACAAUCGACCAGAAAGGUCUGAUCGACAUUCACUACGGGGCAAUCGCUGCAAGGGCUCUCAAGAUCAAGCCGUGCGACCUUGUCGUCCAGCCUGGGCCCAAGGCUGACUUCGAGAAGCUGUUUGGCAUUAAAUGGGAGAGUGCGUUGGCCAAGGAGCUAGUCUUCAACGCGAAGGAUGCUGCCAGCAAGUUGGGCAUUCAGCCUCUCGAGCUGAGCGAGGAGUGUGGCAAAACCAAGCGCGGUGUCGACCAGCUCAAGUUCGGUGGAGGUUUCUACGUGGCGAAGAUGCGGGGCAUCUACGUGGUCAAUGGCUUCUACGAGGGCAUGCGCGCGAAGUUCACGGCGCCAGGCACGUGCAUUCAAUACUUCGAAGUCGAGUGGGAUCCUGCCUCGCUGCCCUGGGAAAAGUUCAGGGGCGAGGUCGUCGGGGCCACCAAUCCGAAGGAGGCUGCCGCCGGCUCCAUGCGGAACACCAUCUUCCAGCAAUGGAAGGAGCUGGGCCUCAGCGCAGAGCCGGACACGGGGGACAACGCCGUCCAUGCGUCGGCCAGUCCCUUCGAGGGCCUCGCGGAGAAGGCCAACUGGCUCUCGAGGGAUGUGUCCGAGGACCCUCUCGGCCGGGCGCUCUCGGCGGCAGGCCUGGGCCAAGGCACGAUCGAGAAGUGGAUGCAGGACCCCGCAGUCUUCUUCGAGGGCAAGAAGCAGUCCCUGUUCGACCUGCUCGAGGACUUGGACAGCGAGGCCUGCGUAGAGAAGGCCAGGGACAUCAGCGCGCAGCAGACGAACUCGGCCAUCGUCUUCAUCAAGCCCCAUGCGGUGAGCCAGGCCGUGCAGGAUCUGGUGCAGAAACAGCUCGAGGAACGUGGCAUUAGCAUCGUCCACAGCGGCCGGAUUGACGCAGAGACCAUUGACGAGAAAGGUCUCAUUGACACUCACUACGGUGCAAUCGCCGCCAGGGCUAUGAAGGUGCUGCCCUCGGACCUGGUGGUGCAGGCGGGACCGAAGGCAGACUUCAAGAAACUCUUCGGCCUCUCCUGGGACUCCGCCCUGGAGAAGGGCCUGGUCUACAACGCCCGAGACGCCGCUGUGAAGCUUGAGAAGACGCCUCUGCAACUGAGCGAGGCGUGUGACAAGACCAAGCGCGGUGUGGACCAGCUGAAGUUCGGCGGCGGCUUUUACGUGGCACGCCUUCGUCGUGGCCACUUCAUGGCGAAGGAAGACACGUUCGUCGUGAACGGAUUCUAUGAGGGCAUGCGCGCGAAGUUCACAGCCCCUGGGGGGUGCAUCCAGUUCUACCAGGUCGAGUGGGACUCCUCUGCGCUGCCCUGGGAGAAGUUCCGUGGGGAGGUCAUCGGCGCCACCAACCCCAAGGAGGCCGCAGAGGGAUCCCUCCGCAAUACGAUCUUCAAGCAGUGGAAGUCCUUGGGCCUCACCAAGGAGCCAGACACGGGCGACAAUGCGGUCCACGCCUCCGCCGGCGCUUUCGAGGGGCUCGCGGAGAGGGCGAACUGGCUGGCGGCGGACGUCUCGCGCGACCCCUUCGGCGAGGCGCUCGUGCGGGCCGGCAUCCCCGCGGACACCCUCGCCGCCUGGACGGGGGACCCGGCCGUGCUCUUCGACGGCAAGAAGCAGUCAUUGUUCGACUUGCUGGAGGACCUCGACAGCAGCACGUGCAUGCAGAAGGCCGCCGCCAUCGUCGAACAGCAGAAGGCGCCCGGCGACGGUGGUGAGUCUGCGCCUCUGGAGCAGGGCGCGUAG